AAAAAAAAAAGCGGGUUGGGCUUGGCAUUAUAAAAGAAUUGUUUCACUUUUGCUUCAUCUUUCUCAGAUUAUCAGGUGUGGAUCGUCAUUCUCUCCUGCUGAAAAGGCGUAUCUUGUCCUAGGAUUCAUCAUUAAGUGAGUGUAGACGCCCCCCCUGCAUCAUGUCGUCGGUCACGUCUCGCCUGUCUGAAGAUCAGCAGAGGAAGCUGCUUUCUCUCUUCGAUCAUGUCCGACUGCACCUGCUCUACAAAGCCAGCGUCCACGGCUACACCGCCGCCGACUUCCACGCACGCUGCGACAAGCAGGGCCCCACCGUCACCGUGGCCUACAACACCUCCGACUUCGUCUUCGGGGCUUACGCCUCGAAAGACUUCACCCGGAGCGGCGGGGAUGUCCUGGAUGACAAGGCGUUCCUCUACAGCAUCACCGCCCAGAGAAACAAACCGCUGAAGGUGGCGGGCAUCAGCGGACGCUGCGGCUUCAAAGACGGAGCGGAUGCUGCUCCGGAUUUUGGAGGCCUUCAGUUUCUGAGUGAUGACAAACCUGAAGUAAAGUCCCAGCCCAACACAGGCUUCAAGUUUGAGGAAAGAGAGAUGCACGGGGGCGAUUUGAAGCUGACAGAGCUGGAGGUGUAUCGAGUGGAGAGCUUGGGAGAUCUCCUGGCGAAACCCUGGAGGAACAUCAAGUGGACUGCUGAGAGAAGGGAGGAGCUGAUGAAGUCCAUCCUGAACUACAAGCCCGACAUGAGUUCAGUGCAGCAAGCUCGAGUGCUGCUGGUCGGCCCCGUCGGCACCGGCAAGUCCAGCUUCUUCAACUCCAUCAACUCCAUAUUUCGAGGCAGCAUGAUGGUCCAGGCCAUAGCCGGCACAAUGGGGAAGAGUGUGACCACUCAGUUUCGCAGCUACUCCAUAAAGUCAGGGAAGGGUGGGGGAGUGAUUCCUGUGGUCCUGUGCGACACGAUGGGGCUGGAGGGAGAAGCAGACGGAGGUCUGGACAUUGAAGACUUAGUCAACAUCUACAAGGGACACGUCAAAGAUCGCUAUCAGUUCAGCACCUCUGCGCCGCUCUCGCCGGAUGCUCCCGCUUACCAGAAACACUCGACUCUGAGUGACAAGAUCCACUGCGCGGUGUACUUCAUCGACACUUCCAGCAUCUCUCUCCUUUCCCAGAAGAUGCUGGACAAGUUUGCAGCCAUCCGGAAAAAGACAAACCAGCUGGGAAUUCCUCAGAUCGUGCUGAUGACUAAAGUAGAUGAGGCCUGUAAACUGGUGGCCGAGGACCUGAAGAAUGUUUACCGCAGUGUUUACAUCCACAAGAAGGCUCAGGAGCUGAGUGAACUGCUGGGCGUCCCUCUGUCCUGCGUGCUGCCCGUGAAGAACUACAGCGACGAGGUGGACCUGGACCCGGACAUCGACGUGCUGCUGCUGUCAGCGGUGCAGCACAUGCUCAACUUUGCAGACAGCUUUUUUGAGAACCAGGAUCAGGAAGACAGUGGCCAGGACCUCUACAGAUGCAACAAAAAUUUCCAACCUGUUUCCUAGGAAUGUGGGGAGUAUUGUGUUGUGCAAAAUAAAGGUGAAGGGUUUUUAGUUUUUGGGA